CGAUCAAGUUGCCUAUCGUUUUACGUUUCACGUGUUGAAGUUGCUAGCAAUAAUUGUUAUUUUAUGAAAAAUAAGUGAAAACUGACAAGAAAUGAUACGCAAAUCGAAAAAGCAGCCACAGACGGUUGCCGAGAAAGUCAGCAAAUUGCUUGCGCAUCCCAAUGAUAGCGAGAGUGAAGAUGGGUCCGACAUUGAUGUGUCAACCGCAGCGCGCGUUGUGGAAUUUGAGGAUGAAUACGAUUUACCCGAUGCACGCAGCACAGAUUUCCGAAAGCGAAAUGUGAAGUUACUGUCGGAACAGAGCGAUCGGUAUAAAGGUAAAAUCACGAGUCGCAAGGAAUUUGAAGAGGAGAAUGAGAGCGAUGAUGAUGACGAAAGUGAUGAGGAGCUGCCCUAUGAAGAGAGCGACAGUGACGAGGGAGAAUCUGCGACUAUGCAGGCAUUUAGUAAUAAGUUAAAGGCAGCGAAAUCAGCUGAGGAUGAUGAAAGCGAUGCCGAUGAUCUAAAGAAGGAAGAAAUCGAUGAUGAAAUCGAUGAAGAGGAGGACGACGACGAAGACGAUGACGACGACGAAGAUGACCAGGAAAAUGACUCCGAGGAUGCUGACUCUGAUGACGAUAUUAUGGACAGCACCGAAAUCAUGUCUAAAACAAACCAGCAAGCUGAGAUACAAAAGGGCAUAUGCGUGCAGAACCAACUACGUAUUUGGGAGCGGCUUUUGGAGCUGCGCAUUAACACACAAAAGGUAACCAGCAAGGUGAAUCUUCUGCCCCCCCCGGAAACACUCCAAACUGCCAACGAGAAUAAUGAGGAACUGCAAGCGGUACUCAGAGAAGCCCAGGAGCGCAGCUCGAAGCUCUUGCAACAGCUACUGGCCUUGCAGGCGGCGCUUACACAACAAAACAGCGAACUGCGUCAGUCUGUGAAACGCAAACAGCCCACGGAUGAGAGCACGGAGCCAGCCAGCAAACGAUAUGCGAAUGCGUUGCAGAGCAAUUUUGAGAACAUGAUCAGCUACCGCAACGAGGUGCUACUCAAGUGGGACGAUCGCACCAAGCUGCUCACACCAGGAGCCGGCCUCAAACGCAAGUCGGUACAGGAGGAUUACGACGUUAUCAAGAAGAUUGACAGUGCGCUGGCCAAUCGUCAAGCGCUUGUGGAGAAAUCACAGACACUGAAAAAUAAUCAGCACCAGCGGGAGGAGAAGGAUGAUGCCGAUUUGACGGACCAAAACCAACGACAGCCAUACAUUUACGAUGACAGCGACUUUUAUCAUCAGCAGCUACGGGAACUCAUCGAGUACAAGGCCAACACGACAUCCAACAUGAGCGAUAUAACCAAACAGUUCGUGGAGCUGCAAAAGCUGCGACAGAAAAUGAAAAAGAAGGUGGAUACAAGGGCCAGCAAAGGCAGAAAACUGCGCUAUGUGGUGCACAACAAGCUUAUCAAUUUCAUGGCACCCAACGAGGCCAGCGACUGGACAGAGGCGUCCAAAACGGAACUAUAUAAAUCCCUAUUUGUUUAGUUCUAAAAUAUUGUAAAUGCUGCAAAUAGUUGUUUUUUUAGCUUAUUACAGCUUUAAUUUAUAGCGAAUAAAAACUGAUUAAUUAAUUUGAAA